GUUCACUCGUUCUUUGCAAAGCUUCAAUUUUCGAUUAGGGUUUCAGUUGCGGCACAGAGAAGAAGAGAAGCCAUGGGUGUGUUCACAUUCGUUCUCCGCAACUCCGGCGGCGACUGGUUCGCCAAGCAACACUCCGGCGACAUCGAGGCCUCCGCUGACUCCACCUUCGCUCUCCAACGGAAGCUCAUUCAAGCCGCUCUCGCCGUCGAUUCCUCCGGUGGCGUUCAGUCCUCCUACUCUCCCGUUUCUCCUACCUCUGCUGUCUUCCAGGUGAUUGUUGGUGGUGCUGCGGUUGUUGCUAGAGUUGGUGGUGCUGCUGCUGCAGGAGGUGCUGCCCCGGCUGAGGCUGCCCCAGCUGCAGAGAAGAAGAAAGAGGAAAAGGUCGAGGAAUCUGAUGAAGAAGAUUACGGCGGCUUGUCACUCUUUGACGACGAGUAGAAUUUUAUGGUUUUUUCUUCAUUUUUGAUGGAAAAUGACUUUAGUCUUCAAUCCCAUGUGUUUGUGUUUUGGUUUGCUCCAGUUAAUGGUACACACUAUUUCAGAUAGAGUUUGCGUUGCGACCAUUGUGGCUGUACUAUGUUUUACUAAUGUGUCUUUUCUUCUUUUGAAUGUCGUUUUAUAUCAAUGCGAAAUAUAAUUUUAUGAUA